UUGUAAUGCGCGCACAUGACCGACGGCGUCACUCGGGAGCGCGCAGGAGCAGCAAUGGCCGCUGUGGAUCGGCGGAUGCCUAAUCUCGAUGAUUUUGUCGGAUUAAACUGGAGUUGUUGGGUCGACACGGUGGACAUUGAACCUUCGGACGUCCCGUCUGAAGACACCAAAUCUGGGAGGGACCGCUGUGAGACCAUGACCCUCAGGAAAGAAGACAUGCCCAUAUACGGCCACUGUCCAGCGCAGGAUGACUUCUACUUGGUAGUGUGCAGUCACUGUGGGAAACUGGUGAAACCUCAGGCCUUUGAGGAGCACUGCAAUCGGAGGCACAGCUCACUCACUAAAACCUGUGUUCCAUCCACCUCUAUUCCACUACAGCAGUUGCAAACUUUUCGCCCCUCCACUCCCUCCCAAAAUGUGUCCAAAGAAAAACAGAGGGACAGUAGGCUCAAAGAGACUAGUGUCCCAUCAUCCCCCUCCCAGCGCAGGCCCAGCAAACCUAUGAAAGAGGCAGCAAGAUUGCCCAUUGUGGACAAAAUAACUCAGGACAAAUUACACCCUGCUUUUCCACAGCGUCCCAAAAGUCACCCCUUGCCUUCAGUGCCCUCACUCCCAAACCACUGUCGCUCCUCUGCCUCCUCCUCCGUCACAUUCCCUUCAUCUCUCAGACCAUCAUCUAUGAAGCCCUCUGUUCAGAAGCCCACCGCUGCACAAACCACCUACAGCCCCCAGUGUGACACACGGGCCUAUACCCGGACACACAAAAACAACAAAACAUCAAUAAACAAAAAGUGUGAAGAUCAAGACAAGAAAAAGCUCAGCACUCAGGAGCCGACACAAAUUAUGGACAUGAAUCGACAGCUGAAAACAAAGACUGAUUCUGAUGUUCGAAAUGUAGCCUCUUCACUUCGAGAUUCAGAGAUGGCUCAUGUAAAAAACAAAACCACAGAGUCACAGGGUCCUCCCAAAGAAAACUCAAGUCGCUGCAGUAAAUUUACCCUCAACUCCAACAACCACAUUGCCAGGCCGAGAGAUACCUCAGAAACCACUGCAAUGGAGGAGAGCACUGUAGUAGAAGUAGAAGUACAGCCUCCGUAUCCAUUCAACCAGAGCCUGCCAUCCAGUGACAACAGUGACAAUGAAGAGGAAUGCACUGAUGUGCCCUCCACACCCUGGCAUCCUAAACCUCUUGGGCUGUGCACGUUCGGAUGUCGUGCGUUUGGCUGUAGUGUCUUCACAUUUGAUCGACGCUUGCAUCACUUGCGGAUAGCGCUCAGUGCCAUGUUGGAGGACCAUGUGAACUCACACUUGUGGAAGAAAAUGCCUCAACCUGCCUCAAAUCUCAGGUCCGCUCAUGCUACAUCUUCAACACGAGAAUCGCCGGUCCGAAUAGGAGCAAGGUCCAGUCCUGGUUCAUUUAAUGUUAAAUCUACCUCACUUGAAAGACUCAGAAACACUAAAAAUAACUCUAAGAGAACCAAGUCACCCCCCUCUGCCCCCACGAUGAGCCCUGGCUCAGGUCAGCAGUCCUCCUCUGCUGUGCAGACUAGUAAGGCUCAUACUGGACAGAGGGAGCUUAUGCAAAACACCAAAACUGUACAAAAACCUCAGUUAUCUCACACCACACCCUCUAAGCACAUAGCCCCCUCUAACACACUCAUCCCUGGAUCAUUAUCUAAGAAGACGCCACCACUGUCACCUCUACGGCCCUCUGAAAGAAACACCACACUUUUAAAUGAAUCCCUACCACCAAACCCUUGCCCUGCACGGAGCAAAGGACGACCUCCCGGGAUAGUACAGCCCAGAGCAGGUAGCUGUGAUGACAGGGCUCUCGUACAGAAAAGAAAAACUCAACCUACAAUGACCCCCACAAGCUCCUCACCAUCCAAAAAGUGUCCCCGCCUAUCACCCCCGUCCCGCUCCAGCCUGUUCUCCUGGAAGAGGGACAGCACUCAGGAUGUCUGGCUUGGGGUGUGGAGGAAAGAGCACAUCUGAAGGUGAUUCAAAUUGUAUUACAGUUACCUAGAUUGGUCAAUGUGUUACAAAUGACACCUCUGAUAAGGCUGCCUCUGCAUCACUGCAUUGUAAUGAAUUAUACUACAAAAUAACUGCAAAUAUUGUGGGGAUUUUUUUUUCUUUGGACUAAUUUACUGUUAAAUAAACAUUGUCCAUUUGCUUUUUCAUAAAUGUGUUGAAAUUUGCUGGUUGAUCAUUAUCAUAAUCAUUUGUGUUUUAUAGAAUUGAAUUCUGAUUAUAAUCUUGCACUAUUUUUCCUAAAUGCCAGACUUGUAUUGAUUGUCAAAGGUGUCAGAAUAUGCAGUGUUUACAGAAACAUGAAAAUCUUAAUUUUUCUCCCUUCUCUCUACAGAUGACACUCCAGGCCAGUAUUAGACCAACCUACAGGGAACCAGCACAGUUUGAGUGAAUGAAUGUAUGUGUUCAACUGUGUUUAUAUUUGUUGAUUUUUAUGCACAAUUAUGUGUCUUCAUUAUUAUGGAUGUAUAGUAUGUGUAAAUGUGAAAAGUAAAUUUUUGAAAUAUUUUUUACAAAAAGAAUUAUGUCUGUAUUUAAAAAACAGAUAGCACCUCCAUGUAUUAAUCAUGCUGCUAAACAAACGGGAACAAAACAAUAAACUGAAAUUGUGUUUUUAAGUAUUUGACAUAUUGUUUUUAUUAUUUUUUUCUUCAAUCUUUUGACCAGUAGAGGGAGUCCUU